AUGCUCUCCCAAGCGGAUGCAGAAACUCAAGUGCGGUCUUGGGGCUUCUCACACGUCUUUACCUGGACAGAUAGCCCAAACGCGCACUACUCCCCCCACUCGCACGCGGGACUCACAACACAUCUAAUCCUGGAUGGGAAACUCACGAUCACGUACCCGAGAGACGAUCCGAACGGUAUCCGAGAGACAUUUGGGCCAGGGGAAAGGCUAGACGUGCCAGCGCGGAAGGUGCACGAAGUGUGGAUUGGGGAUACGGGAUGCACGUAUGUUAUAGGUGAAUGA